AUGCAAUUCACUCAAGUCCUUGUUUCAUUGGCCCUUGCUGGUUCAAUCCAAGCUAAAUUCCACAACACCACCUCAGGUGCUGCUGUAUCCAACUCCACUGCUGGUGGUGCUGGUGCUUCUAACUCCACUGCUGGUGGUGCUGGUGCCUCCAACUCCACUUCAGGUGGUUCAGGCUCAUCCAACGCUGGUGUUGUUGCCAACGCUAACGUCUACGGUGGUGCUGCUUUGGCUGCUGCUGCCAUUGCUUUGUUGUACUAA